GAAAUCCCUGAGCACCGUGACCAAAUCCAAACGGAAGAGGAGGCAUCAAUUUCUCUUUUGCGUCUCACUCAUCCGCGCCUUCCUCUGUAACGGACCAACUGGAAGAAAAGCUCCUGCUAUAAAUUGAUAGAAGUACCUUAGGGGAACAACGGAGGAGGGAAUUCACACGGAGAAUAAAGCAGCGGCUUGGCCGCUGCUUUGGUGGUCGCCGGCGAUUGUGGCAGGCGGCGCGGCGAACGGCCGGCAGACGCGCAGCAGCUCCAGCUCCGGUGGGCAGCCUCGCUCCAGUUUACUCAAUUUGUUCAUCUUCUUCGUCUAAUGGUAACCCUUAUUUAUCAAUUUUUAUCUUUUUCCUCCAAUUCUAUAUAAAAGUUUGCUUUUUGUUCAAUUUUCACAUUUUUUUGCUUGUUGUGUUUGUUUCAAAAAUUCUAAAAAUGAGAGUUGGGGUUCUAAGGUAUAUUUCAAAACGAGCCUUUGAAUUGCAUGACUCCGGGCCGUGUGGAGAGUUGACAAUCCUCCAUAUCGUGGUUAAGGAAAUGAAUCGACUCGGCCUUUGAUUGAUUUUUCCUAUUCUUAAGUGCGUAAGUUACGUAAUAUAUUGUCUACGUGCCUAUUCUACGUGCUUAGCUUCCGUUGUUUCUUCUUCUUCUUCCUCUCUCAAAUUCUCCUAUUUUUCCUCCAUUCCACGCCAAUGGCCACGGCGGCGAAUCAGGCCCAAUGCGACUCCAAAACCGCCACCAGAAUUGUCAAUCCGUCCUCCUCGUCCUUCCGCCUCCGCAGCCCUAGUCUCAACUCCGUGCGCCUCCGCCGCAUCUUCGACAUGUUCGACAGCAACAACGACGGAAUCAUCACCGUCGACGAGCUCAACCAGCCGCUCAACCGCCUCGGACUGGACGCAAAUCUCGCCGAUCUGGACUCCACGAUCCAGUCCUUCGUCAACUCCAAAAGCGCGGCGGCCGGGCUCACGUUCGACGACUUCCAGGCCCUGCACCGCUCCCUGGACGCCGAACUGUUCGGAGGAUGCGGCGAGGAGGCCGUCACCAAGGCGCAGGAGGAGGCGGAGAUGAGGGAGGCGUUCAAGGUGUUCGACGAGGACAACGACGGAGCCAUAUCCGCGAAGGAAUUGGAGGCGGUGCUCGCGAAGCUAGGGCUGAUCGAGAAAGGCGGCGAGAUUGGGCGAGUGGAGCAGAUGAUAUCGUCCGUCGAUCGGAAUCGCGAUGGAGUGGUUGAUUUCUCCGAGUUCAAGGAGAUGAUGAGCUGCGUCAUGGGCCGCCAUCGCUGAUCCAAUUGAAUCUCAGAAAGAUAGCUCAAAGAUUUGAUAUGAUUUCUUGAAUGAAAGUAUUUGGAGAUA